ACAUCACAAAUGUUAUAGUGACACCCCUCUACGGUGAUAAUGGUCUAGUCUACCUGCACUUUUGAGUCAGUUUGACAAUUGGCGCUCAUUGAUAUACAAUAUGAGUAACUUUGCGGCUCUGCGGCUCAUUUUUGUGUCUUGGGUCUUUCAAAAAGGUCUCACAGCUCUGAUAAAAACUCAGCACAUUGUGCUGGCAGCAGUGGGAGAAGACUCCUCCUUAAGCUGCCAGCUGAUGCAACCCAAAGAUGUUCUGCAAGUCACAUGGCAGAAAUCUUUACCUGAGGGGAUGAAGAAUGUUGCCAGUUACAGCAAACAUUUUGGUCCAGGAGUGAAUGAUUGUUUUCAAGGAAAAGUGGACCUUGAAGCUGCUGGACUGCAGAACUGCUCCAUAGUUAUCAGGAAUCUGACAGAGCAAGAUGAAGGAUGCUAUCACUGUUUGUUCAACACCUACCCUGAAGGUGCUCUCACUGGUACAACCUGCCUCCAGAUCUAUGAGCUGCAUGAACCCAUUCUCCAUGUUGGAGAAUCAAACAGUGCUGAAGAGGCUCUUGUGUCCUGCUCGGCCACAGGUCGACCUGCUCUCACAGUAACACUGACUGUCCCUCACUACAACUCUACCAGUGUCACCAACACCAACGGUACAGUCACCGUCACCGCGACAGCUCGUCUCCCUGACGAGAGCACACAGGUUGGAUGUGCAGCGCGAGUGCUGUCUGCUCCUCAGAAAGAGGUGUUCGUGAUGAUCCCUGAGGUCAAACAGUCGCCUGCUGGUGAUCUCACUCUGAACAUUGUGGUGUCUGUGAUACUGGCCUGUGUGUGUUUGUGUGUGUGUGUGUGUUUGUGUUGCUGCAGUCAUCGUCUUCCUGCGUAGAAGAAGACAUCAGAACGGUGUGUCACACGGGGACGCUGAGAAGACCAAGACGCCUCAGAAAACACCUUUUAUUGAAGAACGAGAACGAGCUACGGCAACAGACUUCACUGCAUCAACCCUGAAAGUAAAGAAAACUUUGUUUUGAUCAGUUCACUGAAUCGUUCCACAGAAUAACACAAACUGUUUUACCAAAACAAAACCGUUAAAGUCCUGAAAUCCAGAUACAUUCAUCACAACAACACAGAACAUGUCUGUACCAGGUCAUAGAUAAUUAUUCCAGCAGAUCAAUAAGAUUCAUGGACACAGUAGUUUAGAAACAUUGUAAUAUAAUUUAGAUGAUGGUUUUACACUAAUUCACUGAAGCAUCAGUGUCCCAUUUUAUACGUCUUUUUACAAUGAAAUGUUUAUAAAUGUUCUGCUGCUGCUCUUUGUCCUUUUUGUAUUUUUAUAUAAACUGAAUUAUGAAACUACAGGGUUCUGUAUAUAAUUAAUAUAAAUAAUGAAGGUUGUUUGUUGAAGAAACAUUUAUAAAAAAACAUUAAAGAAAACCUUGAAUCUAAA